AUGGACUGGUUAAAAAUGUGCUGCAGCAUCCUGCUGUUUUGCUUGGCUGGGGCCAUUGGUUUCCUGUUGCGGCGAGUGUAUUUCCAUCCGUUGUCAGAAUUUCCAGGCCCGAAGCUAGUCGCUGCUUCCAGCUUCCAGCAUUUUUACGCCGUGUGGACAGGGCGGGAAAAGACCUGGUACCAAGAUCUACACCGCAAAUAUGGCCCGGUCGUUCGCUGUGGUCCCAAUCACCUGACGUUCAAUGAUUUGGAUCUGAUUCCUGUGGUGUAUCAUCGCCAGAGUGAUAAAACAGACUAUCCCCAGGACUUUACCUGUCCGGGUGCAGCCACAAACAAGGCCGGCUAUCUUGAAUAUGCCGCGGCCAAACGGCAGUUUGGACAAGCUUUUUCGGCAUCGCGGGUGCAGUUGUUUGAGGGCCUAGUGGAUGAAACUCUUAUCAAGUGGGUUUCCAUUCUCAAUGAGGAAACUAACACAAACCCCUCCGUAGACUGGGGCGCCUGGGUCAAAUAUUUCUCAUUCGAUAUCUAUGUGCCAAUGAGUGUGGGAGAGAGCUUCGGCUUCUUAGACCACAAGUCCGAUGUGCGCAAUAUGUUGCAAAGCAGUUAUCGCAUUUUCCGGUACUGGACGUUAAGUCGAUAUCGCCCCAUCGCUUGGCUAGCCGCCCAUACUUCUUUGGGCCGCCGUUUGUUUGUCAGUGGCCGCGAUGACCCAACGGGGAUGGGAAUGUGGACUAAGGAAGUGCAUGAUAUCACUCAAAAACGCAUUGAAGCCUCCAUAACGGAGGAAAAGCCACGCUGGGAACACUCCAUGUUGGAUCAAUGGCUGGCAGCCAAAUCUGCGGCAGGCGAAGGCAUUCCCCUAUCGGAUAUCGAGGAUCAGCUAGUUUCUGAUGUACUAGGUGGUCCCUACGCACUCGCCACUACGAUUAGCCAUCUGGUGACUACGAUGGCCAAACAUCCCCAGGCCGUUCGGCGAGCCCACCAAGAGAUUGAUAACGCUUUUACCCAGCAGACUCUCUCCAGUCCCUCGCCCACCUACACAGAAUGUUGUGCUCUCCCUUUUAUUGAUGCCUGUGUCCGGGAGGCCAUGCGCAUUACAGCGACUGCCUCUCCUAGAUGGCGCUGUUCGCCAGACAGGCCACUGCGCCUCUUAGACCGGGACGUCCCUCCGGGCACUGCGGUGGCUACAAGUCCCUUCACCAUCUCCACCCAUCCCGAUCUGUACGGCCACAAUGCGGAAGAGUUCGUUCCCGAGCGGUGGCUGGAGGCGUCGGAAGAGCAGUUGCGAGUAUGGCAUGCAUAUGAUGCGCACUGGGGAUUUGGCUAUCGCAAGUGUCCCGGGCGACACAUAGGUGUCUUGGUUCUAUAUAAGACCUUGGUUAUGAUCCUACGCAAUUUUGAUAUCAAAGAGGGGGCUUCAGGCUCGUCUUCCCUGCUGCUGAUGCUGCCAAGGAAGCUUUGA